GAGGCUGCGCUCCUUCCACAGCCCAAGGGCUCAUCGCUUCCUCCCGCUGCCUUCCUGUGCCCACAACCCCCCAAAAGUUGUGAUGCUUUUCUUUACCCAGUGCUUUGGGGCUGUGUUAGAUCUCAUUCACCUCCGCUUCCAGCACUACAAGGCUAAACGGGUUUUCUCCGCUGCUGGGCAACUUGUCUGCGUCGUAAACCCCACACACAACCUAAAGUAUGUGUCCAGCUGCCGAGCAGUCACUCAGAGCGCACCAGAGCAAGGGGGCUUCCCGCCUCACCACCUCACCCACCACCACCGCCACCAGCGCCCCCCCCACCACCGCCACCACCACGGCCACCCCCACCACCUCCUCCACCAGGAGGCAGGGCUGCACGCCUCCCAGGUGACACCCUGCCUGUGCCCCUUGUUCUCCUGCCAGUGGGAAGGCCACCUGGAGGUGGUGGUACCCCACCUGCGCCAGAUGCACAGGGUUGACAUCCUUCAGGGAGCUGAGAUAGUCUUCCUGGCCACGGACAUGCACCUCCCCGCACCGGCCGACUGGAUCAUCAUGCACUCCUGCCUCGGCCACCACUUUCUGCUGGUGCUAAGAAAACAGGAGCGGCACGAAGGGCACCCUCAGUUCUUUGCCACCAUGAUGCUCAUUGGGACCCCCACCCAGGCAGACUGCUUCACCUAUCGCCUGGAGCUCAACAGAAACCAUCGUCGUCUCAAGUGGGAGGCCACCCCCCGGUCUGUCCUUGAGUGCGUGGACUCGGUGAUCACUGACGGGGACUGCCUCGUCCUCAACACCUCGCUGGCCCAGCUCUUCUCUGACAACGGCAGCCUUGCCAUCGGAAUCGCCAUCACCGCGACGGAGGUCUGCGCCUCGGAAGCGGAGCUGUGAAGCAAGCAGGGGCUGGACGCGCACACGGCUGCUCCCCGCCGAGAAACUCUGCUGGGCCGCUCGGGUCUCCGAAGGCCAAGACUCCAAACUCCUUUUUACUCUUCUCCCAACUUCCUUCCUGUCUUUUUUUUGUCUCAGGUACCUCGUGGUAUUUAGUAUUUGUUGGCCAUGGACACUGUAUUAUGUCAACACCCUGUGAGUCAAGAUCCCAGUGUGAAGUUUGUCCUGAUUUGUUGGGAUAGUUUUGCAGAACCUUUAAAAUCAGAACGGUUAUUUCCUGCGACUCGCAUCUCCCUUCCUCGCUGCUUCCAAAAGGAGCAAAAGCCCCUGAGGCCCCGAAGUGGACUGUCGCAGUUGGGAGGGGACUCGCGGCCCCCACCUUUUUCUUCUUCCUCUUCUCAGUCUCUUGCAAAACAAGGUGACUCUGUGUGCGUGGACACAGCGGACAGCAAGUUGGGAAGGGGUCCUGGCCAGCUUGGAAAUAUAUUUCAGACCAACCAGAUACAACUCUGCCUCCUUCCUGGGUUCCUCAGGGCCAGAGCUAAGCUGCUGGGACACGAGGAGACGGUGUCCUCUGCAGGGCAGGGCUCUGGGCUGGCGGCGUGUCACACUGGUUCCUCGGGUUGAACCCAAGCUUGGGGGAAGUGGGCAGAUGUUGAAGCCUCUUGGAGGGCUGCCUGUGAAUCGUUUCCUGCUCGGGAAUCAAAGUCCUCAAGUUUUUAGUGCUUUCUUGCAAACCUUUUUUGUCCUCCAUUGAGCAUGUAGCAGAAAAAAAAAUGGGCACAGUGUGGACAACAGAGGCAACUGAAAAAACAAAGGAGAAAAUUAAUCUUCCACCUCUGAGAGGGUGUUAUCUCCUCCGUGUUUUUAUCAAGUUAUGGCAAUCCUGCCACCAGGCUGGAGCACUUCAGUAUCCUGCAAAGAACCUGCUUUGCUCUAUCAAGCUCCUAAGCCAGAACAGACUCGGCAUCAAACUCAAAGAGCUCAGGGGCUGUGCCUGGGCCCUCUGACCGGGAGGCUUGGCCUGGUGCUCAGCACCUGGGAUUCCUUUCCUUACUUUCUUAAAAUACUCUGAGGGCCCCAUUCAGCACACAAACAUUAUCCCUGGUAAAGUACAGACUCAGCACCCUUUUUGCAGUGUGAAUGGAAAAGCCACGGAAAAUCCAUGUCACCCCUCUAUAUACUGCUUUCUCUUACUUGGCUGUCAAAAUGAUUCAAGAUCUUCUUGUAGAAGUCUCUCAACUGUUCAAAAAAAGGAAGCAGGUUUAGUCACCAAUGUCUCUUCUGUCCAAAAUUGAAUGCCUGUAAAUCUUCCCAGCAGGACCUCUUUCUCCUCUUCAUGUUUUUUAGUUGUUGUUGUUGUUUUUGGUUUGGUUUUGUUUGUUUAUGCCCUGGUCACUCUCCAGUCGCUGCAGAAGUAUGGCACCCAAACCCCACAGAACACUCACGAGAACUGAGCAGGCCUUUCACCAACAAGACAUUCCUCUCUGUGUCCUGUUCCCUCACCUCAGUCAUCUUGGCUGCAUCCUGGCAGGUCUCCCAGUGAGUACUUAGUUUCAGGCAGGCUGCCCUGGCUGGCCAUCAGCCAUCUUUUCUCCACCAAAAAAAAAAAAAGAAAGAAAAAGAAAAAAAAAAAAUGCUAAAACAAAAUAACCCAGUGAUCAAUCUUCCAGCAGCCCAUCCUGUCAACUCACAAUCCCAGCACCUGGAGUGUGGUGCUAGUGGAUAGGAGAUUUAAUAGGCAGCCCCCUCUAGUCACACAGUAAUGGCUGAGACCUCCUGCCAAGGUUUCCUUCUGUUAAAGGCCCAAGGGGGCAGUAAAUAUUUUGUCACUGACUGAAGCAAAUGUCAGGUCUGAAGACCCCAGGAGAGCCUGUAACCUGCUUGUUGUUCCAGAACAUCCCACCUGGGCACCAGCUACCCUUUGCACCCAAGUGGACCACUGGGACCCAGCUAUGGCUGGUUGGCCAGCGCUGAGAGAGGGUGGAUCACUUAGCUCUUUACUUGACCCCCAGUCCGCUCCCAAAACUUCACACCUUCUGGUUGUCAGCCUGAUAUCUCCGGGAAAACCCACAGAUCCUCCCCAGGUUCCUGAUGCUCAACCACUCUGAAAACAUUUCUGUAGCAUCACAGGUAUCGCAGGUAAACAAAUAAAACCUCAAUAAGAACAAAAUUACUCUUCCCAGGGCCUGAGCAGGCAUGCAAACAUCACCUCUGCUUUCUUGGCGUGCCGGUUACCUGAGCUGAAUGAACUGGGAAUAAUUUCAGGUUCUUAUUACUGUAUAUAAGACUAAUAUGAAAGUGAUCCCAGAUGAGACAUGGUAUUUUUGGUUCCUAGACCUUUAGAAUAAAAGGAAGAAAUGUGUUGCUUUCUUCCAUCUAUGGUGCUUCCCCACAUGUGAAGAACUGAAGAAAACUCAAACUCAAAACUGUAUCAGGGAUAGAAAAUGGUAACAAGAAAGUAUGCUGUGUUGAGCCUCCUAUUUCACAAAGGGCUGAGUCUCAGUUUAAUCCGCAUCAAUUGUUUGAGUGUGCUUAAAAAGUAGAUGCUGAGACACAUGAAAUGACCUCCCAAGGUCACAUAUCAGGUGUUGGGACCAUGACCAAGUUGUGUUCUUGAAGUAGGAAGAGAGACCCAAAAUAAUCAGCAAAGUUUCCUUCUCAUUAAAGCACUGUGGGCCUGGUUACUUGGGGAAACAGGGAGAGACUGCAGUGAGUUUGCUUUUGGUUCAAAGUAGGGGGACUGGGUGAGGCAGAGGGACCCAAUACUUAGUCUUCAAUGCCCUCGGGCCCCAUUCCAGACUCUCACAAGAGUAAGGAAUCUCCUCAUUCUCAGAUUCCUAUAAGUCUUUCCUACACAGAGGCUUGGGAUCUGAUUGUUACCUUCACAUAUAGGUGGUGACUUAAAGACUCAAUCUCUAAGGAGUAUUUGCAUUUUAAAAGAAGGCCUAGGGAGACAGCAAAGCUUAACAGCAAUAAAUAAGUUAGUUAACAGUAUUUGAACUUCAGCCACUGUGAGAAUGACUUUUUCAGGAGGUGUGGAAAGAAGACCAUUGCUGUCCUUGACACUGAGCCAAUUUAAAUGCUUCAUGCUGAAAUGAAGGACUAUACUAAGAGAGUCUCUUUAACAACUAGUCUCUGCAUGAACUGAUAAAUAGAACAGAACCCACCACUACCUCUAGCUUCCCUAAACAUUUUAGACAUGGAUCAGGUUAAUAAACACAGCACUCAUGGCUAGAAUUUAUUGAGGGUUUACUAUGUGACCCAGUUGGCCAAAGAUUUUGACUAUAUUGUCCUACUAAUCCAUAACAACCUUAUAAAGUAGGCAUAUUAUUAUAGCUAUGAGAAACAGCUAAGAAAGGUUAAUACACUUGCUAAAUAAUGGUAAAUAAUGGUAGACACAGCUAAAUAAUGGUAGACCUGGGCCAUUUCCAAAGUCCAGGCUUAUGACCAAUAUCAACCAUGUCAUUUCUAUGAAUUCAGGGACUCAAGGCUCAGAAAGACCCAGUCAUAAAGACAAAUGACACAGAAGACUUUUAGCAUUUAAGUACUAAAAGUACCCUUUUGUUUGUCUUUUUUCCCAAGACAGACUGAUAUGCUACAGCUGACUUCGUUAUCGACUGGUCACUCUUUUAGGAAUUUUGAAACUGAUUGCUAAGCACAGCCAUUAUUAAAAAUUACAUUAUAUAAGCUUACAAAUAAGUUAUAUUAAAAAUAAGAUAAAUACUCAAAACAUAUCACUUUUGAAUUGUUUCUCUCCUUUUUUCAAUGUCUGUGCUCUUGAGGUAUUAACAUCCAUCAUAUCUGUACAACGAACAUACUGUAUAUUGAGGUGCUACAGCACGUCUCUCAACCCCAUAUUUAGUGAGAUCAAGGUAAUAGCUUGAAGUUGGCCGUGGUGGUUGUAUUUACACCAUGUAAAUUAGCAAACGCUUUAAGUCAGGCUUUUCUCUCUCAAAGAGCUAGUUGUUGAACAUUUGUCAGCACACCCCUUCCUGAUCAACGCUGCUGCAUGCAGGGUAGGGAGAGAGGGCUUUGGAAGAAGCUGGAGGCCACCGUGAUAGGGCAUAGAUGACAGCCAUGCCAGCCAAACAGCAAAGUAUUAGAGAAACACAAACUGCUCUGGGGAAGAGACUCAGGGGCUUCUAAAUAGCUUCAGGGGCAUUCCCCGCCUGACUCCAGGCCCUCCUCUACUGCUAUUAUUGCAAGAAGUUGUGUCUAAUACUUUUAUGGUUAAUUAUGACUCCAUGAAACCAGGCCAUUGGCAAUGCCAAUUCAAAAAGUCUAACCAAUGCUACACAAUUGGCAUCUCCUGCUCUUUGUUCUUAUAAGUUAUUUUUCUUACCUCUACAUAGUGGCCAAAACCUAAUCUACAGAAACAUUUUACUUUGAUAUUAGAAACUGGAAAUAUCCAACACCUGAGAAGCACAGUGAGCAGUGGUUUCAAACAUCACAUAAAAAGUGUGACUGCAAAAGAGGGACCCCAACAUGGCUCAAAGCUGAGGGUCGAGGAAGUUAAUGAGUCAAGAAAUGGCCAUGAAGGAUGAAGGCCUGCACCUUAACUUUUCUACUUUUGCUACCUGACUUAAUCACAACCCAAAAAUAAGGACCCUGUGGACAGUCCAUCCCCGACCCUGGCCAACAUUCUUUCUAAAUGGUUCCCACUAGAACAAAGUCAGAGGAAACGCCAGGCUGAGUGCCGAGACAUAGGCAGAGUCUCCAAGGCAGGCAGUGAAUCCAUAGCUCAGAGCCCAGAGCUUUCACUUCAGUGAUAGAAGAAGUGAAGCUUAUGGAAGCUUCUACUUGAAUUCAGUGACUCAUGGAGGGGGAAGGAAUUGUGACUGCCCAUCAAAGAAUUGUGCUUUGAUUAAAGUUCAGCAACAAAAAACACCAAGAGUCUCCUAGGUUGUUAGACUUUCAGAUUAUUUGUCCUGCAGUUUCCCUUCAAGAACUGGUGAGUUCUCCAUUGUUUUAACCUGAGAAUGGCCAGCCAAGAAAAACCUCCCUGAAAAUAUAUCCAAGAGAACUGUUGUAGAUAAGCAUUGAUUUUUUUCCCCUCCCAAAUUUGAUUAUCACUUGGGUUACCCAUGUGGAUUAGAGUUUGUCUUUUCCAAUGUUGUAUGAAAAUAUUUUACCUUGAGUACUGUACUAUAAAUACCCUCCCUCCCUUUUUAAACUUUUUUAGGGUAUUGAGCUAAGAAAAAAAAAAAAAAAAAAAAGGAAACUGAGAAUCACUUUAUUUAACCUGCAUUGAUGUAUAUGUACUUUUCUAGGCUUUCUUAUGAUGUUCAAGGCAAUGAGAGGUAAACUCAGAAUGCUACUUUAUCUCUACCUUGUCUCCCAUGAAAAAUGUCAUUAAAUUGCAUUUGAUAUUGUUUCC